AUGUCGACCAACUCUGGAAACAGCGGAGUCAAGAACCUUCGGGCAAUGUUCGAGAACAAAGCCGGCGAUCAAUCCACCUCUCCCCCAAGUCGAGGCCGCUCUCCAAAUCCCUCCGAGAUAUCCAACAACAGUAGACCUGUCAGUAAGGUCCGAGCAAGCUUCGUUGCAGUUGAAAGGCCCAACGAGAACGGAGGCGCGCCCCUGAUAGGCCUGAGGAGGGCAAGUGAAGUGAGCAGCAUGGGUGAGAUUAAAGAAAAUGUGAUUGAGGACACGGAGACCACAGAAAAGUCGCCAGUGCUCGCCGUCACUACAAAGAAGGAGGAUGCAAAAACAGAUCCACAAACAGCACCCGGUGCAAAUAAUGGCACGGUUGAAGGUGGAUUGGGUACCAUUCUGAAGGGGUCUGCUUUUGUAGAGAACACUCCUACAAGACCAUCAACGGAAGCAAAACAUCUGGUUGAGGCAAUCUCGUCUGGUCGGAUACAGGAGAAAAUACCUCGACCGCCGUCAAAACCAGGAAACGAGUCUGAUGCGGCAGAAAUGGUCAAGAAAAUACAGGCAAAAGAUGGUAUCGUACCAGGACCACCUCCGACCACUACCCUCAAGACCACGAAAGAUGCGCAGCCAGUCAAGCCCCCGCCUACGAGACAACAGAUCAAUAUCAAGCCUAUUCCUAAAUCACCCACUGUGACAAGGCCUUCCCCUCGCACCCCAACCUCGCCAAAGCUCAAUAUCAGAGGGGGACCCGCCAAAAUCAAGGGUGUGAUGGAAUCAGCGAAAGAAGCACAAAGAGCUAGAGAAGCAGCAAGAUUACACACCGAGAAAUCGGAAAAGCCACAAGCAUCAGCACCACCGAAGAUAGACACUAGUGCAAAGUCGAGCAAAAAGGAUCAGGCCCCUGUGACCCCUAAAGCUAUCAGAUCACCCACUACAGUCAAACCAAAAGCCCCUACCGUACCUGUUAAACUCCCCACUGCGGCAACCGCCACUACAGCUUCAACAGCUGCGAAGCAUGAUGCACAGCACUCACCAACUGAGACCGAUCGCAAACCAGUGGCAAAGAAACCGGCUACGUCCUCGACACGACAACCUCGGGCCAGUAGCUCAGCCAGCACGUUUUCGUUGGCAAAGAAGGCUUCCCGCACAUCACUCACGAACGGCCACGAUAGACCGAAGUCUCGAGUCAGCGCGGCGAGACCAGACGAGGGAUUUCUGGCUAGAAUGAUGAGACCUACAGCAAGCAGUGCGCAAAAGGUCCACGAAAAGGUGCAGGUCAGUAGUCCACCUAAGCACAAAGCAGUGGCUCCAACCAAGGCUAGACAGCCUGUCAAGGAGAAGUCACAGGAGACAACACGUGUUGAAACGCCUACCAUGGUCGAAGAGAACAAAGAGAACUACUCCGAUCUUGAUGCGAAUACUCUGCCCGAUAUAGCACACCCUUCACCACUGGAAGUUGUCAAGGAGGAUCCGAUGAACGGCCGUGUCGAAACAGAGCCACCAGCCCCUGAGCCGGUGGAGCCGGCACAGCAGGCCAGCGGUGAGAUUGACGAGCUGGAUUAG